UCUCAUAAAAUGUAUUUUAAAAAGUACAGUUAAAAAGACAAGAACUUAAAAAAAACGUAGAAUAUAAAGUGUAGAAGCUUUUGCUUUAUUCACAACCUGCACAGUGUGAAUUACAAUUCAAUAAUGGUGUAGAUAUGAUAUUAACUGUAACACAUUUUAGUUAAUAAUUCCUUUGCUUAAUGAAUUAUGAUACUGUGGGCCUAGCCAGUUAAACCCAAACAGUGUUUGGUUACAGCCCCUCAUAACUAAUAAAUCAUUUACAAGAUCUGUAUUAUGCUUUUAUUUUAUUUUUUACAUUUCAAGGAUUCCUGCACUGUUCUAGGAAAAAAAAAACACUCAACACUUACUGGACAUGCCCGUCAAAGAGUUAUCUCCAUGACAAUAUUGUCAUAGUGACGUUGAUGGGUGCUUAACAAUCUGUGUUUGGGUUCACUCGCUGAGUUCUGAACACAAAGCCUGAGACGAGCACUGGCAGCCGGACGAGGAGCUUUCUGAGGUAAAACAAUCCAUCUGUUGUUUAAGAGUCAAACUAAAGUGAAAGUCUGAGUUGGAUUAAGUUUGGGUGUACUUUGUGUACAUCUUGUGGUUGAGAGCAUCAGAUGGGUGAUGUUUUUACUGAUUUUCUGCAGUGUAAAGUAAGGUUGAAAUGAAAUGAGCGUAAAUGAGAAGUUUCUUAUGCUAAUGUAAAGAGGAAAAAGGUGAAAGAUUGUGUAAAUUUAAUCACUUCGGUGUUUGAUACCAGUCAGUCUGUUUUAACUUUGAAACACAUCUCAAGGGAAAAACUAUUUUUAAAUGUAUGUUUUAAAUACAGACUCCAUUUUACAGACACAACUGAACAAAGGAGCCUAAAGAUCAAAUUUGACGCCUGGUCUAUGGAAUCAAAUGCCAGCUCUUCUCUCGAUGCAAUGCCCAUACAUGAACCUUGGGUUGGAACGUGGAGACCCCACAAGCCAAGAGGGCCGAUAGCUGCACUCUAUGGUAGCCCAGGGCCUAAAUAUGCACUGCCUGGACUCACAGGUUUUUCUCAUCAUGACCCCACCAAAUGCAAAGCCCCAGUCUUCUCCUUUGGUGCGCGGCAUGAGGAAGCAAAUACAAACUGCUCCCCAGGACCCAGGUAUCUAAUCCCCUCCAACAUCACCAGGCAGGGACGAAACGGCACGCCUGCAUUUUCAAUCCACGGCCGCCUAAAGCAGACACAAUUGUUCCGAGCCCCUGGACCAGGUCAGUACUCACCAGAGCAUUCAGGAAAGAUGACCCUCCGCUCAGCACCUGCUUACUCUCUGUCAGGAAGGAGAAAAGACGGUGUUACCAACCAAACACCCGGCCCAGCCGCCUACACUCUGCCCCCCAUGCUGGGCUCUAAAAGUGUAGUCGCACCUUCAGCUCCCACCUACACACUUUGUGGCCGCAGUAAAACUGGGAGCUUCCAUGAGGAUCUUAAGAAGACUCCAGGCCCAGCUGCUUACAAAGUUGUGGACCCGUGUAUUUAUAGACACAAACCACCACAGUUCACCAUAAAAGGCCGAACGUUUGUUUCUUGUGAAGCCACAGACAAACCAGGUCCAGGAACACACUAUCCUGAGCGCGUUACCUUCACAAGAACAAAAGCUCCUAGCUUCACUUUCGGAGUUCGUCAUUCAGAAUACAUCUCACCUUUUAUUGUAAAUAUGAGUGAAUAAUGGCCCAUAUAGUUACGAGUAGGGAAAGAGGAUUAGGACCACUGGAAAAUAAAAAAAUAAAAAAAUAAUUCUGACUUUAAUCUCAGAAAUCAGAUUUUUUUCCCCUCAGAAUUCUGAGAUCAAAGUCAGAAUUCUUU